GCUUUAAAUUAAAUUUAAAAAAUUUAAAUAAUCCUAAAUCUGUAUUACGACAAAAAAUAAAGAUUAUGGUUGUAAAUUACUAGUAAAUUGAUUAAAGAAAAGACAUAAUACAUAGUUUUCGAUGAUCCAAUAAAACAAUUUCCUUUUUUUAAAUAUAAAAUUAAUUAAUUAAGAAUACAAUCGUCAUAGCAAUUAAAUUGAAUCGAAGGGGUGCCGGAAUGAUAAGUUUUUAAUUGCAAUAUUUUUGAUUACUGAUAUAUGUGUGUAGUUGCUAUUCAAAUAGAUAAGGCAGGUGACGAUGAUUGUGAUUCAAAGACAAUUUCAAUUAAUUUAAAAUAAAUAUCAAAUAUAUGAACUAUAUGAAUAUUCUAAAAUAAUAUAAAAAUAACAAAAAAAUUUUUAAAAAGUUAAAAGUUUAAAUUAAAACAUAGUUAAAAUAUUUAACAAUUAAAAAAAUAUAAAAACAGAAAAAAUAAAUAUUAUCUUUAAUAAUAUAAUAAGCUUACAUAAACUGGAAAAUUACUUCUAUAAACAGAAAAGGAAAAUAGAAUAAUAAAUAUAAAUUUAAAUACAAUAUAUACAUAUAAAAAAAAAAUGAAUGAACUUGAAAGUUUACGUAGAGAGUCCGAAUAUUUAAAACAAAAAAUUGCCGAAUCAAAGAAUUUAAUAAAUGACACUAAUUUACAAUUUGAAUCAAGAAAAAUACCCUCGGUUGGACCAAUACAAUUACGUACCAGACGUGUAUUACGUGGUCAUUUAUCAAAAGUAUAUGCAUUAAAUUGGAGUAAAGAUUCAAAAACAUUAGUAUCAGCAUCUCAGGAUGGUAAAUUAAUUAUUUGGAAUGGACAAACAACACAUAAAUUAAAUGCAAUACCAUUACAUUCAUCAUGGGUUAUGACAUGUUCAUAUUCACAAACUGGAAAUUUAGUUGCAUCCGGUGGUUUAGAUAAUUCAUGUUCUAUAUAUAAUUUAAAAUCACGUGAUGGUAAUGCUCAUUUAUUGAAACAAUUACCUGGUCAUAGUGGUUAUAUAUCAUCAUGUAAAUUUUUGGAUGAUAAAAAAAUAUUAACAAGUUCAGGUGAUCGAACUUGUGCUCUAUGGGAUAUUGAAAUUGGUAUGCGUUUAAAUCAAUAUAUUGGACAUACUGGUGAUGUUAUGUCAUUAUCAAUAAUGGAUUUAAAUCAAAAUAUUUUUAUAUCGGGCGGUUGUGAUAGUUUAGCAAAAUUAUGGGAUUUACGUACUGGUAAAUGUCAGCAAACAUUUUAUGGACAUGAAAAUGAUAUAAAUUCAGUGAAAUUUUUUCCAAAUGGACAAGCAUUUGGUGCUGGCUCAGAUGAUUCAACAUGUCGUCUAUUUGACAUUAGAUCUGAUCAUCAAUUAAAUGUAUUUGCAUCAAAAACAUCAUAUUGUGGUGUAACAUCAGUAUCAUUUUCAAAAAGUGGUCGAAUAUUUUUCGGUGGUUAUGAUAAUUUUAAUUGUGUAUUAUGGGAUACAAUUAAAGGUGAAAAAUUAGGUAUAUUAGCUGGGCAUGAUAGUCGUGUUUCAUGUCUUGAUACAACUGAAAAUGGUACAGCAAUAGCAACUGGAUCAUGGGAUUCAUAUGUUAGAAUAUGGAAUUAACAACGAAAUAAUAAUUAAAAAUAUAUAAUAGGACUGAGAAAAAUAUUGAUAAAAUAAAGAAAUUUAAAUUAAAUUAAAAAUUAAUAUAUUAAGUAUAAAAUAUUAAAAAAUAGUUUAUAUAUUACGAAAAAAGAAUCAACAUAUUGUUUCAAAGUAGUUGAUUAGUACGAGUAUUAUAAUAUCAAUAAUUUAAAGUAAAAAUGUUUUGAAAAAAUAAAAAUUUUAUUACCUUCAUUCAUCAUACAACUGAUAAUUAUUGUCACAGUAACUUGAAUUUAUUUCAAAAUCAAAUAUAUAUUUAUGUUGUUUAUCUAAAAUAUGCAAAAUAAUUGAAAUUUACAAUAAAUUUUCUAAGAAUGUAUACAAGUAUUUCAUGAAUCCCGUGCGGGUGUUCUAUAGUACAUUUUUUUUUAAAAUUAAAUUUUUACAAAAAAGAAGUACACGUGCAUUAUUUACAAAUGCGUUUAAAUUAAAAAUUCGAAUAAAAUUUAAAAAAUUUAAAUAAAAAUAAUUUCAAAUUAUCAUUAAAUAUAAUUUUGAAGGGCACAAAAUUGCAAGAACAGUAUUAUUUGAAAUAAUAUGUACACGUUUUAUACGUAAGUCCAAAUCAACUGGACAAAGAAUAAAUUGUUUUAUGAUGUUUUCAAAUAAUUAAUUUAAAACUUUUUAAUAUAAUAAAUAACAUUUUCGGAAUUUGAAUCAAAAAAUUAUUUGAUGGAGAUAAUUAUAAAUAAAAUAUUUAUAAUUUAUAAAAAAAAAUUAGAAAAAUUUUUAGGAACAUAAUAUGAGAUGAUAUGAAUUAUCAGUAUCUGAUGAAUAUUGUACGUAUAUAAAUUAUAUAUAGAAAUAUAUGGAUAUAUACAUAAUUA